AUGGCAAAGCCACAGCUUCCCAAAGCCCAGGAGCUGGGAGCCGGGCUGCUGGCACCACUCAUCUGCGGGGCGAAGGCAGAAGCCGGGGCGCAGGGUUCCCCGGCCCCGCUGAGAAGCUGCGGGACCCGGCCCUUGGCUGAGCACCACGGGCCGUUGCGCGUCGUGGGCGGCAGCGAUGCCUCCCCGGGAGCCUGGCCCUGGAUCGUCAGCAUCCAGCAUCCCUGGGCAGUGGGCAGCGGGCACAUCUGCGGAGGCUCCCUCAUCCAUCCCCGGUGGGUCCUGACCGCAGGACACUGCUUUGACAAGUACAGGAACGUCCCGACGUGGCGCAUGGUGAUCGGGGCCACCCGGCUGUCUGCGCUGGGCCCCGAGGCCCAAGUGCGCAAGAGCAAGCGGCUGCUGAUCCACGAGAGCUACCGCAGCGACACCUCUGAGAACGACAUCGCCCUGCUGGAGCUGGACGAGCCCGUGCAGUGCAGCGACUACGUGCAGCUGGCCUGUGUGACUCACUUCUCCGACGUGGUGGUGUCGCAGCUCACAGACUGCCGCGUCGCUGGCUGGGGCUACACCACGGAAGGCUCUGCAGAAAUAUCCGACGUGCUGCAGGAGGCCAAGGUCCACCUCAUCAAUGUCAAGCUCUGCAACAGCAGCGAGUGGUACGGAGGGGCCGUGCACAGCUACAACCUGUGUGCUGGCUACCCGCGGGGCGGCAUUGACACCUGCCAGGGUGACAGCGGGGGCCCGCUUGUCUGCAGAGCUCCACACGACAACUUCUUCUGGCUCGUGGGCCUGACCAGCUGGGGGAAAGGCUGUGCCAGACCAAAGCAGCCUGGGGUCUACACCUCCACCCAGCACUUCUUCAACUGGUUCAUUGGCCUCUGCACCCGUGCUGCAGAAGUGCAGAACCUUUGA